AAAAAAAGUUCAGACGUCAAACUUCAAAGAACCAGCUUCAAAAUCAAAGCAUUUCAAUUUUCAAAGUUCAAAGCAUUCGGAAAAAUUAGAGAUGAUUCAAGACUCGAGCACAACUUUACAAAAAUAUACAUAAUGCAAGUUUAAUUUAGUUCGUGUAUCGUAAAUUGACGAACAUGGCACCAUCAAUGUUCAGUUAUGAAACAUUGGUACAUGCAACGGCAGGAGCAACGGGCAGCAUUGUUGGUAUGGCUGCAUUUUAUCCCUUGGACACACUGCGGUCGAGACAACAAGUUCAGGAUUCUCCGAAACUGAACAAUGGGACAACAUGGGAAUUAUUACUCAAGAUUGCUAAUGAAGAAGGAUUGGAUUCUCUGUACCGUGGAUUGUGUCCUGUUUUACAGUCUUUGUCAAUGUCUAAUUUCAUUUAUUUUUAUACCUUUCAUGCUUUAAGACGGACUGCCACUAGUCAUUCAUCUGCAUUGAAAGAUCUUCUCUUCGGAGUUAUUGCGGGCAGUAUUAAUGUUUUGCUUACAUCACCACUCUGGGUGGUGAACACUAGAAUGAAGUUAGAAAAAGAUCUGUAUGCUAGUCUUUCAGCCGGUCUGCUUGAUGUAUUUAAAAAAGAAGGUGUAAAAGGUUUAUGGUCCGGGACUGUGCCAUCAUUGCUUUUGGUUUCAAAUCCAGCAAUACAAUUUAUGAUAUAUGAGUCCCUGAAAAGGUAUUUACUGUCAACUAAGAAUUUUAAUACUUACACUGCUUUUCUAGCUGCUGCUGCAGCUAAAGCCAUAGCCACCACCGUAACAUAUCCAUUACAACUUAUUCAGUCAAGAUUGAGAGCAGGCAACAGUCUAAAACCAAUGAUCAAAGAUAUUAAAUCGAAUCCAUUAAUUUUAUUCAGAGGACUAGAGGCUAAAGUGCUGCAGACUGUCAUGACAGCAGCCUUGAUGUUUGUUACUUAUGAAAAAAUUGUAAGGUUAGUUCUGACAAUCAUGAGAAUUCGAGUGGCACGGAAAUAAAACUAGGAAUAUCUGUAUGCUUUUAAUAUUAUUUUGACGGUGGGGCUAUAGUAUCGGGACAGGCCGUUAAAUAUCGCGGUGAUGGACGUUUGAUAAAAGAAUAUGAAUUGACUCAUUGCGACGCUAGGUGGUGGUACAUUCAUGACAUUAAAUGCUUUCAUAGCGUCACUUGACACUUUCUUUUUUCAUUGUGGACCGUGAGCGAGAGCGAGAAAAAAAAAACAAUAAAGUCAUUGUGUUUCUCGAAAUUGUACAAUCACAAACAGUUCCUUAAUUUUUAAAUAACAAAAGUUGCCAAAUAAGUGUUACACACAGCAUUAAAGUCAUUGAUAUUACAUAGAUUAACAUACCUAUUAUUAAUAUAAAUUGACAUCUUUUCUGUCAAGUUAUGUGGAAUAAUUGCAGAUUUUAAUGGAUUAAUCCGGUGUGUCGAUUGAUAUUUGAUUAAGCUGGGAUAUAUACAGAAUAUAUUCAUGUAUGUAAUACUAAAUUCACACGUAUGUCACGUUUAUUGCCUAGAAUGAAUCUUGGCGUUUCCUGUUAGCGUGGCCCCAGUAUAAGGAAACAAUAAAUGUAAUAAUAAUGAAACAAUGUAUUAUGUAUUAAGUGUUUAAUGUGUGCUUUUAUUUUGUUAUACAAAUACAUAUGUAUUUGAGGAAAAUAACUUAAUUAUUAUUAUGUAUAAAUGCAGUGGCGUAGCGAGCCUUGGCGGGCCCGGUAUAAAAAUUUGCUUCACGGCCCUUAUGAAAGGUAAAGAUUUCUCACAAAAAAAAAAAAAAAUGUUUUAUUCAUCAUAAUUAUCUGGGUUACUUUUUCCAAAAUGUUUACAAACAAAUUAAAUAUAUGCUCUUCUUGCCUUUUUUCGGCAAGCAGCAAAAGCGGGGGGCCUGUUUAAUUGUUCGCGGCGGGAGCUUCCCCUGUGUAAAUCCCAGUGUUCUGAUAUUUUUUUAUUGAAAUCAGUAUAUUUAUUUCUGGGUUUUCUGCAAAUAAUAAUAAUGUUAUCUCUAGUUAAUACUCGAUACACUUUAUCAAUCUGCAUUGUUCUUUCAAUACAUUCCAGUAUUGCUGCGUUUGAGUUUAUAUUUAUUUAAUUUAUAAACUUAUGAUGAAAGGAAAAUAUGCGUUUAGCUUUAUUAUUUAGAGAAGCGGUUUUAUAAUAAGGAAACAGUGUCAAGGGGUCUAAGAGAUUUUAUUCUAACUCAUCUCCAUUCUUUUCUAAGCUUUACCUAUAAGACUGCAAUACUCUCUUAUUGAAUAAUUAUUGGUAUAGUCUCUUUCUAGUUUUUCUUUUAUAAAAGGGGGCAAACGGGCAAGAGGCUCACGUGAGGUAACCGACCGUGGACAUCUACAAAACCAGGGUUCAAGAGAAACGUUGAUGUCAUUUGUUGAAGUUGAAGGUCCCUAAGUCGUAUCACUAUAGUGAGAUUAUAAAAUGAUAUUGUUAGCAAAUAUUUAGUUAAUUUUAUUAAGAUGGAGAGCAUAGUUGCAUCUCGUGUCACUCGUGCCAAUAAAGAAACGAAUCUGAAAUGGCGAUCACUAAUGAUUCGCUCUUACAUGUUAUAUCAUUUAUCUGCCAUCCCUGUUUCAAAGUCAUUUAGAACUGUUUUGCCGCCAUUUUAGUCUCUUUAUUGGUGACAGGUAGAUGAAUAGGUACCGCAGAGACGCCUUUUCUGCCGUAAGCAGUAGUGUUAAAAUUAUUGUAAUUUGGUUUGAGAGCUGCGAAGGUGAGUGAAUGUCGAGAUACUAUACGGAUUUUUGGUUCUAUAAAUAAUCCUGAGUGGCACUACAUUGUAAUGCAGAGGGUAUCAUAAUAUCAAUAUUACUAUCAGAUUAGGGCGUCUUGGCUCUUGCUCGUGUUGUCACUUUUUCUUAUAAAAUAUAUUUACAAUAAUUUAUACAUUACAUAAUAUGUAUAUUAUAGUCAGAACAAUAUUUUUGUUUCGUGGAUUUCAUAUUAUUUUUGUAUUUUUGCCCAUAAUUUAUUACUUGUUCGUGAUGAAAUGAUAAAAUUUAAAUAGGUUUGCGGGUGAUAUAAUUUUGGUAAUGGUAAUACUAACAAUAGUUGAACUAUGAAGUGAAAAUGUUACCAAAAAUGUUUCAAAAUUAUUAAUUAGCACUUUUUAAAAUGUGUGCCAAAGAAAAUGUUAAUUUAUAUUUUGUUUAUCUGUGAUUAUUAUACUUAAUUUAUUUUUAUUAAUUGGCCAGUGUGUGUUUGUUAUUGUUUUAAUACUAUACAUGGAUUUGUUGCAAUAAUUUAGUGGUUAAAGUGGUUGGGUUGCGGAUAGAAGGGAAUAAAAUAAAAAUUAUGAAAAAUAUAAAA